UGUAUACCAGCAUUCUUUUACCACAAAGAAAGAAAGAAAAAAUUUAAAAUAAAAAAAUAAAAUCAUAAUCAAUCCACCCCCUUGUGUAAUUGUAGUUUAUCAGAUUUAUGCUUUUUGCCACUUGCCCACGACUUGUAGUACUCCAUGCACACUAGCCUAUGUUCGAUUUCACUGAAACCACUUUCAUUCUCCACCGCGCGCCAUCAUCCUUCCUUCCUUCUCCUCGUUACACAACUUUUCUCAACUCAACAAGAUGUAUAUCACGCCAAUCUCAACAUCGCAGCUCUCUCACGCGCCGGUAACAUCAACGCCGCACGCCACGUGUUCGACAAAACGUCCCCAAAAGACAUCGUCACAUGGAACUCCAUGCUCACCGCCUACUGGCAGAACGGCUUUCUACAACAUUCCAUAUCACUCUUCCAUUCCAUGCCAGUCAAAAACGUCGUUUCAUGGAACUCCAUCAUAACCGCAUGCGUUCAAAACGACAACCUCAACGACGCGUUUAGCUACUUCACUGCAAUGCCGGAGAAAAACACUGCAUCUUACAAUGCUAUGAUGUCGGGUUUUGUGAAAAUGGGGCGCGUGGAGGAAGCGCAGAAGCUGUUUGAAGAAAUGCCGCGUCCGAAUGUUGUUUCGUAUACUGUGAUGAUUGAUGGGUAUGCGAAGAAGGAAGGUGGAAUUAGGCGGGCGAGGGUGCUGUUCGAUGCAAUGCCGAAUAGGAACGAGGUUUCAUGGACGGUGAUGAUUAGUGGUCUUGUUGAGAAUGGGUUGUAUGAGGAAGCGUGGGAACUGUUUGAUAGAAUGCCUCAGAAGAAUGUUGUUGCUAGUACUUCUAUGAUUACUGGGUUUUGUAAACAAGGGAAGAUUGAAGAGGCUUGGAACUUGUUUCAACAUACUCCAUACAAAGAUAGAGCUUCUUGGAAUAUAAUGAUAACCGGCUAUGCCCAGAAUGGGAGAGGGGAGGAGGCACUAAAUUUAUUUUCGCAAAUGGUCAGGACUGGUAUGCAACCUGAUGACUUGACUUUUGUUUCACUUUUUACUGCCUGUGCUAGUCUUGCAUUACUUGACGAAGGAAGACAGGCGAAUGCUCUUGUAAUUAAGCAUGGCUUUGAUUCAGAUUUGUCUGUGAGCAAUGCCUUGGUUACUAUGUACAGUAAAUGUGGUGAAAUUGUCAACUCUGAGCUAGCCUUUAGACAAAUUUCUCAUCCAGACAUUGUUUCAUGGAACACAAUCAUUGCUGCAUUUUCACAGCAUGGUCUCUAUGGCAGAGCUAAAUACUACUUUGACCAUAUGGUAACAAUUGGCGUUACACCUGAUGGCAUAACUUUCCUGAAUUUGCUAUCUGCCUGUUGUCGUGGUGGGAAGGUUGAUGAGACCGUGAAUCUUUUUUACUUAAUGGUUCAUAAUUAUGGUAUUCCGCCAAGGUCUGAACACUACUCUUGUAUAGUUGAUGUUAUGAGUCGAGUAGGUCAAUUGAAGAGAGCUUAUGAAUUAAUCCAAGAGAUGCCAUUCAAAGCAGAUUCCAGCAUUUGGGGUGCUCUCCUCGUGGGCUGUAAUAUCCAUUCAAACGUGAAAUUGGGGGAACUGGCUGCUAGGAGCAUUUUGAAUUUGGAUCCUUAUAAUUCUGGUGCUUAUGUGAUGUUGUCUAAUAUAUAUGCUGCUUCUGGCAAGUGGAAGGAUGUCAAUAGAGUUAGGGUUAUAAUGAAAGAGAGAGGAAUUAAGAAACAAACAGCUUAUAGUUGGAUGCAGAUUGGAAACAAACUCCAUUGUUUUGUUGGAGGGGAUCCUUCACAUCCAAAUAUAGAUGAUAUUCAUGAAGCUUUAAGGAGGAUUGCAUUACAUAUGAAGGUAAAGAGUAACUCUGAAAAAGAGGCUAUAAGUUAGUUUAAGCAAACAGUUUAGACUAGAGUCGAUGCAGGGUUUAUUGAGAGUCAGGGUGAAGCAUUCAUGUUAAACUUUUAGGUGUAACACUUUAUGCCAAAUAUGCUCUAACCCUAAAGAUAAAAAACCAGGGUUAUAAAAAUUCAAGCCAAUUGUUUGAUUUGAUAUUAAGGGCAAGGUUAAUCUGAAGUGCUGUGAACAGCGUAUGCAAGUUAGAAGCUGGGAGCUGGGGACUGUGACUUUCUGCAGUUACGAUAGGUUGGACUUGAAGCAGUUACACAGUUAAAACCGAUAUACAAGGAUGAUAUUUCAAGAUAUGCAUUUAAAGGGUUUGAAUGUCCUGAAUAGGGCAGCCUUGCUGUUGAGACAUUUCAGAUAUAGUGGUUCAUUUCUUGCUGGAUGAUAUUCUUAUUAUUCAUAUGCAUGUGACUAAAGUAUUAGUUAUCUUCCUACUUAAGGGAUAACUGAAUUGUUGGCUGGAGGUUAAAAAGUUGAAUGAGGGAACUCCAAAGUAGACAUGGAGAGACGAAUUGAAUUAGCGGCAUCGACAAAUGCAGUAAAUGAAGAGUAAAUUAUGCUGUAUUUAUGGAAAAUCUUGGCUCUGUCCGUUCCUGUGUCUGAUCAAACUGUAAACUCAAUGAUUUUUAUCUUGGCAUUAUGGGGUAAGGUAAGGGUAAUGAAGUAUUGUAUCGUGUGGGACUUGUCAUGAAGAUUAAGGGAGGUUGCCAUAGUCCCUUGAAGUAUAUAAAAUAGGCAUAUAUAUUAAAGUU